CUCCUCUCUUCAAUGUCUUUGUGCUUUUCUUUGUUGUCUCUUUGUGGGUUUCUCUUGUUCUUAGUCAUGGGCAUUCUGCGUUGACGGCUUGAAAAUUAAAACAACUUGGUCCUCCUCCUUGUUUACUUGGUCUUAUGGGUGUUUCCUGAAUUUUGGUCCUUUGGGUAAUUCGAAUGCGUGGUUCUGGUAAAAUGUUGUUUAUGGUCAAUCGGGUCAUCCCUUUGACAAAGUGGGUGGCUAAAUGAGUUGACUUCUGCCCAAUCAGAGAGAUUUGGAGCUCAUGUUUUCAAAUUCUAAUCCCAUUCAAUAUUACGGGUCUCUGGGGUUUUGAUUGUGUGUGAAUUACAAUAUCAACUUGUUCUUGUCAACUUUAGUUUCUCUUAACCUUCAAGAAAGGCUAUCAACUUAUCGCGGGCGAGCUUUCAAGGUUUAAUCAUACCUUCUGCUUUUGUUGUUAUCGGACUGUCGAUUUCUGUGGUUCUUAUAGAGGUUCAUUCGACAUAAAGGAGACUAUAAUCAUAUCAUGAUCCAGCUCCUGUGUCCAAGGAAAAGAUCGGUAUGAUAGGAAGGCUUUUGCGUUAAACAUUGUGCUCUAAUGACUUGUUAAGAUAUUGCAAAUUACCAUGGUAAGCUUGAGAAGGCGCAGACUUUUGGGACUAUGCUCAGGGAACAGCUCCUUUGUCACUCCACUUCCUCUGUAUUGUGAGAAUUUAAUUGCUUAUGAACAAUCAACUCAGCGUGCUAAACUUAAGAGCUCAAAUCCUGUGGCAUCAGAUGAUACAAGCAUUCUGGACAGUAAUACCGUUGUGAAAGAAGAACCAGGCUCCUCCAAUGCAUCUGGCUCUAGCCCAUCAAAGGAGCAGCCCAGUGAACAAGUUUCAGGACCUCCUAUCAAGCGCAGAAAGCGGCACAGGAGAAAGAAUUCACAUAAUCAAGAAGCAUGUCUCAUGAGAGGUGUCUAUUUCAAAAAUAUGAAAUGGCAAGCAGCUAUAAAGGUGGACAAGAAACAGAUCCAUCUGGGGACUGUUAGUUCACAGGAAGAGGCUGCUCACUUGUACGAUAGGGCUGCUUUCAUGUGUGGGAGGGAGCCAAACUUUGAGCUACCAGAACCAGAGAAGCGCGAACUGCGUAAAUUCAAAUGGGAAGAAUUUCUUGCAAUGACGAGGCAGGCAAUAACCAGCAAAAAACACAAGAGAAAGAUUGGCCCGGGCUCACGCAGGUCGGAGCUUCCUCCGGUGCAGAAACAUGAAUGGGACAGUAAGCAAGGAGCAAGUGGAUCCUCUGCUUGCGAAGAUGUAGAGCAAGAAGUAUCAGUCCCUUGAAAAUUAAGAUUGAACAAGUUGAAGCCCUAGUUCUAACAGUCCAUUCAUAGCAACUAGCUCCAUUUUUAUAUAUAGAGAAAAAGGCCGUUAUAUAAGGCCAGACUGAUAGUAUUCAUUAUUCCUAAGAUAAGUAUAUUACUACAGUCCAAACCAAUAAAGGGUAACUAAGAAGCACAAAUUAACAUAGAUACAAGACACGAGGACAUAUCUGAUAUUACUGAAGUAUCUUGUUCCGUUGUAUCUGAUUAAAGUGAUGAGAACGAUAAAGUUCCAAUUUUUUUAAGGAUUGUUGUUUCAUAAGUAACCAUUACUGGUACUGCCCAUGCAUUUGAGGCAGUCCAAAGCUGUGUAUGUUCCAACAGGAGCAUGAACAUAUAUUGUUUCUGAAGAAAAAUUUUCUCAGCAAUUACUGCUUUUGAACU